AUGGGAGGCGGCAAGUCCGUUUGCAUGAUGUAUGGACAGACCGGGUCCGGCAAGACAUACACCAUGAGUGGCCUCUUCCAGUUCGUCGCGAACGAUCUCUUCAUGGAGAUUGUGAGAGACGUGGACUUUGUAGUCUCAGUGUCUGCAGUCGAGAUUGCCGGCUCCAAGUGUUAUGACCUCAUUCACGACCGCUCGAAGGUUCUGGUGUGCGACGACGGUGAAGGCAACACGACUUUGGUAGGCACGACCGAAGUGGAAGCUGACUCGACCAAUGCUCUUUUGGAGGUAUUCGACAACGUCAAAGACUUACGGUCCACUGAAGCGACUACAGUGAACCACCAGUCAUCGCGCUCCCAUCUGGUGUGUUACAUCAACCUGCGUCAUCGCAGUGCACGUGAUAGCCUCGGCAAACUUUACGGACAGCUGGUGCUGCUGGAUCUAGCAGGCAGUGAGCGCAACGAAGACUCGUUCUACCACGAUGCUGCACGCAGAAAAGAAGCCAUCGAGAUUAACAAGAGCCACUUGGCGCUCAAGGAGUGCGUUCGUGCCAUCGGACGUGAAGACAACACUGGCUUCGUGCCUUAUCGCGCUAGUGUUCUCACCCGCAUUUUGAAGAGCUGUCUCUGGAGUACCAACUCUCGUGCUAGUGUGAUCGCCACCAUCUCGCCGCUGUCCAUCGACACGGAACACACGCUGCAUACCUUGCUCUGCGCCGAGGAGCGCGUGGUUCCGAUUCGAGAAUGGGACAAUGAUCGUGUGAGGAACUGGGUCUGCUCGGUACGCAACGGGGGAUUCCAGAAGUUCGCUGACAAUGUCAACAGCUCCGUCGAUGGCAGGAUGCUUAUCCGCUUCACACACGCUCGGUUCACACAGCUCUGCGGAGGCAACAGCCUCGCUGGUGGGCAUUUACUUAAGGCGUUUCGUGACGAAGUGGCCAACCGAGACAAGAUGCUGAAGGCGAGACGAGAGCGCAAUGCUGCACGUCGCAAAUAG